AUGUGGCUGGCGAAGAACCAAGUUCUACCUGACUGCAUCAACAACGGGUUGUUGUGGCCUAAGGAGUUGCCUCCCUGGAAAGAGGUGGUGAAUCAACUGAGCUGUGACGAGUUCGUCCAGCAGUGUCGAGCGAACCCCCGAGCGUUGUACGCUAAGCUCUUGGAGUUAUACCAAAAGAGCACCGGCGACUUGUUGGACUGUGAUAACCAGAUUGCUGAGGUUGAGCUGAAGACCCAGUUCUUGGAGGUUUAUUUGGUCUUGCUACACCGCGAGAAGAAUGGGCUUGAGCAGAAGUGGACUCAGCUCUGA